AUGGUCACGUCUCGUCUGUCCUUCAGUCUGACAGUCAGCGGCGAGACAACAUGGACGUCACGGCUCUCUGCAUCAGACUGUGUGAUGAUGAACGUGUCGCUGCUGACGGCUGCUCAGACUCAUCUUUGUUUCUCGCAGAGAGCUGCCUUUCCUCGAGUCGUUCCAGACAGACAGCAGCACUACGAGUACGAGUCUGUUGUUUUUGACUGCGAAGGACUGGACGGGCUGACUGGAUGGAGAGUGAUGAGGGAGAUCAAGGCCGGCGUCACGAUAUGCGCCUCUCAGUGGGAGAAAUCGAAAGGGCCCUGCACCAUUAACCCCGCCUUCUCCUCAGACAGCGGGACGUACUGGUGUGAAGCCGGAGAAAAGAGAAGCAACGUCGUCAACAUCACUGUCACCGCUGGUCCUGUGAUCCUGGACAGUCCCGUCCUCCCUGUCAUGGUGGGAGACGCCGUCACCCUGCGCUGCAGAAAGAAGAGGACCUCUGACCUCACAGCUGAUUUCUUUAAAGACGGCGUCCUUAUCAAGAGCAAUUCCACCGGAAACUUGACUCUCCACAGUGUCUUUAAGACUAACGAAGGACUCUACAAGUGCCGCGUCUCCCAAACUGAGGAAUCAGCAGAGAGCUUUCUGGCUGUCAGACGUGAGAAAUUAACAGUGUCACAUUAUGGCCGAGUAUGA